AUGGUAGAAAAUUCACCGUUGCCAUUGUCAGAAAGAGCAAUUUAUGGCUUUGUCCUUUUCUUGAGCUCUCAGUUUGGCUUCCUACCUUAUGUUGUGUGGGCUUUCAUUCCUAAAUCUUGGUCAAACUCCUUAGGCUUGACAUACUGGCCUCAAAAACAAUGGGUAGCUGCAUUACCUGUCUUCCUCCUUAUCGCUGUUGUAAUUAGCUAUGUAUCUUUUUUGAACUAGAAGGAUGAGCACCCUUCCCUCAACUCCAUUCAUAUGGUCACAGAUAGCUAUGCCAACAAUGUAGAGCAGAAGAACUACCAAAAAGAUGCCAUCCCAGAAUUAAGAGAUAUCCCCAUUAGUGGAAAAAACAAAAUACUCUUCCUUGAAUCCAAAGAACAUAAAAUCCAAAACUAA